AGUUGAAGCAUUCUGGGUAUUCAUGUUGGAAUAAAAAGAUCUGGACCGUCAUGUAUUAAGUUGAUUUUUAACAAGACGGGAACUUUAAAAGAACGAUUAAAACUUACAACAUUAAGUGCCAAUAAUUGUGUGUUUUUUAUCAAGUGGGUUGUGAAAGUCUAGGUUUAGCGGCAUAGUGCCAUAGACGUCAAAUAACUUCACAGAACAGCAUUAUUUUAUCGUAACAAGGUACUUCAGUAUGGGAACUUUGUUCUGGCAAAUUUAGUGCGGAUCACAUCCAAGAUGCAGGCGAUACAGAUGUUCGCAUUAGCUGCAGCGAUAUUUGAAGUUGUGUUGCAGGCAGAUUCACAGGCAUCAGGCCCUGAGAACAUGACAUACCUUGUGCCAUUCCUUGGACGCAAUAAUGACGCCGUAGACACAAAUGAUGUCUCUUACACUCUGGCAGUCACCAAUACCGGGGAAUCCAAUAUAGACGUCAGCGUCCAUGGUAUUGGUGAUGGAAACACAGAAGAAAUCUACGAAGUUCCUGGCUUUAAAGACAUCGCAGCCGGAAGCAGUGUAAGGAAGACAUUCGAAAAUGACAGUCUUGCACUGAACAACUCCCAGUCCAGAAAUACAACGCUACGAGUAAGCUCAGAAGAUGGGCCGUUUCAGUUGCAAGUUUACAUCACCGUCAAUGGCUACACAGAAGGUUUUCUGGGAGUUCCGCUGGAGAAGAUGCAGGGUCCCAACCAGCCCAACGAUGGCCACGAAUUCGUGGCGGCUACAUUUUGUGACACCGGUGGCUACUGUCAGAUAGCUGUUGCGGCAAAUGAGGACGACACAGCCAUCUACUUAAAAGUUCCAGACCAUGUUGAAAAUAUUGUUCUUUGUCGAGAGAACACGUUCUAUCGUACUAAACAAUUAACCCAAAUCAAUAUGAAAAAGUUCGAGGUCAUUCAGCUCGAGAGUACCUACGACCUGUCGGGCACUCAUAUCUACAGCAUGAAGCCCGUUGCGGUGUUUUCGGGCUCACGUAACGUCACUAACGGCGACGUGGUGGCACACACCGUGGAGCAGCUUGUACCCAGCUCACAUUGGGGUACGGAGUUUGCGGUUAAAAAUCUGGGAACCACCGGGUAUGGGGACAUCUUGAAAAUUGUGAGCGGCUGGCGCUCCACCAAGGUCACCAUGAGGGGGUACCCGAGUUUCACGAUCACCGACCCGCUGCAGACAAUUGUGAGGCGGCUCGACCAAGGUUAUAUCACGCACAUUACGGCCAGUAAUCCGCUCCAGGUGAUGCAGGUGGGGGGAGUGCAAUACUUGCAGCCAAAGGACACUACGAGUGUCAGUAUGACAUACGUCCCACCCCUAGAGGCACACACUACCCUGGCGAAAGGCGUCUGUGGGGAUGAGGCCAACCUUGCGCGGCUGCACCUCGUUGCAAACAAAUUCGAUAUGGACUAUGAAUACAAGACCCCUACAGAACUUAAAGUUAAUGGCACAGAGAUGAGGUCGAGUUACUCCACCAUUGUCGACUAUACGGCGCUGCGGGUGGCCACUGUAGACUCGACUGGAUCUCAAAGCUACGCUGUGGAACUUGAUAAUAGGACGUUUGAAGAAGUAAAAGAUUAUAAACCAAACGGUUUAGGUGUGACAGGCAUUGUCCAGUGUCAUCAGACAGCCACCAUGCCGCUCGUCUGGGCCAACACAGGGAGUUCCUUACUUCGACAAGAGCCUGAAGAUCCGGUGACCCCAAACACGUGCAGAGAGGGAUUCAAGGGCACCUCAACAUUUAACCCAGAUUCAGGACUGAUACAACCCCACAUUCUCGAUUUGAGCUCGAACCAAUUUAACGGCGACGUGUUAAGACUGCGGACCCAACUCUGUGGGGAUGGAUUGUUGCUAUUUCGAUCGUCAACCACCAAACUGCUUCUGAAAGUUAACCAUGCAAGCAUCCUUAUGACCAAGUGCCAGUCGGAAUCGUGUAACACUACCAAACAGAUUGAUACCACGUACGAUAAGGCAAUUGAUGGCUGUGGAGGUGACAUGCUGUUCUUCUGGUUUAAAGAGAGGAAUGAAACUGGUGGACUGGCUUUUUGCUUUGGAGCGGGGGUGAAAUUGGGCCAAAACUGCCCUGACGGGUCCACGGUCAAUCUCGAUAAACCUUUUACUACACUUGAAAUGUCAGGACUCACUAGGGAGGCAAUUUUUAAUUACGAAUUUGUGAAUCCUGCUGGCUGUAUGAUGUACGAAAGUGCCAAUCCAUGGCGUUGUGAAGAUAAGAGGAAUAACUGUUCUUCGUAUGGAAAGGAUUUUUGCCGGGGUCUUCAACAUGAAGCAUUCGCGGAACAGCAGUGCGCUAAAUAUUGUGGCAAAUGUGUUGCUGACAGUUUCGGUCGAGAAUUUUUACUCGUCGUACCCAAAGGGACCAACUAUUGUCGUAUAUACGUAACACCUCUCGCCCUAAAUACGCACAUUGCAGUAGGCAGUGGCACCUCGGUCAUACCUGGAACGACCUACAACCGCCAGAUUAGAAUGUAUGACUGUUUGGAGUACGUGUCUAAGUCGACUGUUCUUUUAAUUCACGUGUUUAGCGAUGCGGACGUUGCUGUGAAUGUUUUUAUUAAACACCCAGACACCACCAACAAAUACCCCAUCAUGAACAUACCGGUGCAACCCUUGGAUUCUUUUGGAAUGGAAUUGAUGGUGCUUGAUCGGGGUGAUGGUAAUAGGCCCCGUGGUUGUUACCCGGUGUCUGCUUUUGAAGAUGCAAAAAUAAUCUGGUUCACAAAACAUUCUAAAGACUCAGUUUUUGAAAGAAGUAAUAAUCCAAGAUGGCCGCCCUCUGGCAGAACAGUUUCUGUUCAAGGAAAUUAUAUGGAAGGUGGCAAAGGCAAAGACUAUACAGGAACCUACAUCAAGUUUACAAGGCCUUCAUCUAUAUUCUGCGGACAAUUUUCAUCUGCAUAUGAGAAUUAUAUAUUUUACCAAGUCCCUGCACUAAUGACGUGGUCUACAUAUUAUACUAUUCCGUCAUUUGGUGACAGUACCGCAAACAGACCGUUUGAUGCCAAAUUAAAGAUUGUUACAAAUUCCGACAACACCAUUGUUAACAUCACCGGAGGUUUUGAUGCGCUUCAUGUUUUGUAUGAUCGCGGAGACUUCGUGGAACAAGAUAUCGAUCUGUCUAGUCAUUAUCACAUAAACUCAAACGAAGCAAUAGGAGUGAGCAUUUUGUUCUACAACCCGACUGAACCACGUUACGCAUCAUUCCACCUUCUGCCGGCGCCUCAUAAUUUCAUGAGCGGAUUUCUGGCAGUGGCUCCAACUGGUAUUUUGAGCGAUGAAAUGAACUUCGACACCGGAAGUGUCCACUCCUUUUUCUCGAGCGGUCAGCAACACAAUACGACCACAACCGGUGAUUCCACGAGCAUUAAAAACAAUUUUUACUUUAACUGGUUGAACGAAGGGCCUUCAUUUGGGUUUACAGUGGUUAUGACAGAUAUCAAUUCCUGGUUCAUUGUGCCAAGUUACACUGUCCACGGACCGGAUGCGAAAUGGUUUGAGACGGAUAGCUGUCAGACGUCCGUGGGUACGGUAGGGGAUGGAAUUGACAACGACUGUGACGGGCUAGCGGAUGAAGAUACGUGCUACACCGGAUAUGGAGUCUACCGAGAAGACGCAGACCUAGACGGUGGCUUCGGUGAAGACUGUAGUGCCAAUGCCACAGGGUCGUCUAUCGUGAAUAAGCCGGUGUGGCCGGUGUGCCUGCAGCGACCGGACAGGCCGCCGGAGGAGUGCUGGACGAUAUGCAAAUGUCCAUGCUCCUGGGCGGAGAAAUACGAACGCGAAAAGAAUCUGACAAUGGAUGAGCUGGAAGAAGCUUACAGGGAAAAGAACCAGCAGCUAGAGUCAGACCUCAAGGUGAAAAAGGAUAAGUUAUCCUCAGUUUCAGCGGAGAAAGAAAGCGCCUCAGAUGAGCGACAGAGCGCGGCAAGCAUUGGCUACCUCGGCAUAGCCAUGUUCGUCCUUGUGUUUGGCACGAUCUUCAUCCUGGACCUCCGCGCUCUCGCCCGGGAUGCGAAAAUUCUCUUCGGUAACCUCAAAUCGGGCUACACGAGGUUCUCAAACUGGAUUGACUCAAAGUUUUGUUAAAAUGGGACUCAAUGUCCGAAAAUAAGUUUGAAUGAAAAUACAGAGACGAUGGACAUUAGUUUUUGAUAAUUGUUUUAGCAACAUUCUGAAGGUGGCCAUAUUAAGAAGAGGGAAGGUUUUAAUUUGAACUUAUGUGAGAAUUAAGGAAUCACAUUUAUUAUUUUUCAAUGAUUCUUAUGUUAAUAUUGUUAUUGUUGUUGUUAUUUUUGAUUGUUUUUCGUAAUUAGCGCAACAAAAAUCAUGCCACCUGACUGUUUGUCUGGAGUUUCUGUUUUGUGUAAUUGGAAUCGCCUGAUGCCUUUUAAAAAAUCACAAAAUUAAAUACCCUUAAUGAAGUUCCACAUAUUUUCACAUAUCCUUUAUAUUGUGUUUUCACAUAUGCUCUUUAAAGAGUUUUCACAUAUGACUUCUUUGACAUAACGAAAAUAUUUCCUCGAAAUAACGCUGUGUUCUCUCGAAUACAGGGUUUAUGAAACCUUUAAGUCGUUAAAAUUUGCAAAGGUCCGUUAAAUGCUUUAUUUCCCGAGUGUGUAAUUUGUGUGACGCAUGUUGCCAUUUUAUGGACAAUUGCAAACAGCUGUAUAAACCUUAUUAUAAUGCAACGUCACCUCGAAAAUGAUGCAAUAACAUUCUUUACAUAAGCUUCUCCACAAUUGAACUAUUAAAUCAGAAAAAUCCUACUACUACGAUAUUUCAUUGUUUUCGGCUGGUGAUGCGGGAAAACUUAGGCAUUGUUACUUAAAAUCGCUUUAUAGUAAUUGUUUAUCAAAAUAGGGAGCGUAUGA